UCCUAGACUGUUUUUGAACUACUUCUAGAUUGUUCUCCACCGGCCGUUAGCGCUCCGUUUAGGGGUUUUUCUCUUCCAGCAAUUCCCUUUGUUCCCCGCGUUUCCUAACGACCAUUCGGCACGAUGGGAUUGAGAGAGGUGGCAAGCUGUGGGGAGAGGAAAAGAUACGGAGACCAAGAAGAGGAGGUAGGUGACAAAAGAGGAGGAAAAUUGUGUAUCAGAGAAGAAAGGGGCGAUCUACGACAACAACUAAGGAAUCGGGGUGGAGUUGUAGGACGUUACGAUUUCAAUGGGUGACAUGAGUGUGUGGCGGAGGCUGGCAGAGAGAAUAGAUUUUGGUAGAGCGUUGCCGAGAGAGGUGGUGAUGGAGAAGAGACACAGGCUAUGCCUAUGCAAGAGCAACAGCGGAGAGAAUCCUAUAUUAUUUCAUUGUAAUGGUUGGUGAUUUAGAAAAAAAAUUCAAUUCCAUU